UAUAACCAAUGACAAGGUCAAGAUGGGGACUACACUGGGACCAUUCAUCUUGGUGUUCCUCUUUAACAUGAUCAUGUUUGCGGUGACAAUCAGACGAGUUUGGACUCUACGCAAAAGCACAGAGUUUGGGCAGAGUAACCGUGACAGAGCCAAGAAAGACAUUUGUACCCUGCUGGGAGUCAUGACUCUGCUCGGCAUUACCUGGGGCCUGGUCUUCUUCUCUUUUGGAUACCUGACUACUCCUGGCCUCUACCUCUUCUGCAUCCUGAACUCACUGCAAGGUUUCUUCAUCUUCCUGUGGUUUAUGAUGUCACUGAGAAAGGCUAAAACCGCAGUUACUAAGACAAGCAGUGAAACACAAACCACCAGCACCUAGCUUACACACAACUACCAAUACCCCAAGAUGUGACUAUGUGUGUGCUGUUGGAAUGUUUAAUGUAAUAUUAACUUAGAAACAUUGUUGUAUACAUGAGUUCAAGAAGAAAUUGUAUCAGAUAAGGUAUCAACUGACACUAAAAAAAUGUAUGUGAAUGUAUUAAGUGUGAAGAUUUUAACAGCUCAAAUUUAGUUUGAAGUUUUCUUUUUAUUGCAAUAGACAGAGUUUUUGUGGCAGGCGGUUUAUCUUAUUGUUAGAGGAUAGAUCACCUGUCUCUUUUUACACCCGCUUUCAGAGAUCAGAGGCAAAACAACAUAAAAUUGCUAUUUUGUCACAUUUUCACCAGUAUGCACAUUAGAUCUUAGUUUUAAAUGAAACUCACCUGGCAUUAGUUUAGUAUUUUAAGAGGCUGUUAUGUUGAUUGAUUGCACAUACAGCAUUUUGCUUUAUUGUAAUUGAACUGGUCUGAAAAUUAUUUUAUA